UUGCUCUAAUUUCUCACUGCACUCAAACGGCCCUUGGGUGCUAUCUGCUGGCAGGAGAUGGUCGCUACUGUAUAGUCACUGCCAAACAUCACAGUUCAACAUGCUUUUAUUGUCUUAGCGUCCGCAAUAUUUGGUACACUUGGUACACACACUUAAAUUUGCAUUUGGUGAUGUGUGUCUUAGGAAGUGCUGCCUCCAUGAGUGAAAAUGCUUUUGCAGUGAACCUCGUUGUUUUGUCAUUUGCAAAUUCAGACAUUUGCUCACUCAAUCACAAAUUGCUUUUGUGCUCAGGGCAAAGUGAUAAAAAUAUGAUUUUGGCACCAUCUCAUGGCAUCUUAGUGCCAAUGACGCUCGUAUAAGUGAAUUGAGGAGCUUUACUUCAACAAAGGUACAGCACAUACAAUCCUCCCCCCCCCCCCCCCCCCACUUGUGUCAUGAUGGCUACGCCCCUGCGGAUAUGUGAGUCAUGCGUAAUAGAUACUUGACUUGAGCUUGAGGCUCUUAUUGAGCACAAACAUCCUCUUCACCAAAGUAACACUUGCACCUUCACCAUGCACAGGUAAGAUGCAACCAUUUCUACCAGGUUUAAUCGGGAUGACCAAACUUCUAGGUUAUGUGGCAUCAUCAUAUGUGCUCAUAUUGAGAUUUAAAAUGAUUCAAUGCUUUCACUCUGAGUGACAUGCUGUGGAAAUCUUUCAAAUCUAACCUUGGAAUGUUGUUCACUGCAAUAUGAGUGUUUUUGCUGUGAGGUAACAGUAGACAAUGUUCUUGGUGUCCGUUCGACAAACACCAUAUCACGCCCUGUUUGUACUCUAGAAAAGAUGUGCCCUCUUUCAACUUAAGGGUCCUUCUGCUAUUGGAGGACAUUUUAUGUCCCAAUGUGUAACAUUUCAAAUAGUCCCUGUGCAAAAUACAAUCAUGUGGGCAUGUUGUGCACAGUUAAGCUGUCCUGAAUGUCAUUUAGUAGCUCUAGUAAGAAUGAUGGUAAAUAUGAUUUUAAAAAAUCUGUUCCGUCCUCUCCAUCACCAACUUGGGCCAACAGAAAAAUUAAGUUUGAAAUCUUUUUUGUUAGGAUGAUUUUUGUUGACGAUAUGUUGGUUUAUCACCUGUUCUUUAAACUAAAACCCCUAAAUGGUUCAUUUAUUGGACCAAAAAAUGUGUCCGCCUCGAUUGUUUAUCAAUUUUGGAAUCGCUACGGUAACUGUAUGCACUGGCCAAGUUUUUUUUUUUUUUUUAUAAACAUCACAAUCCUCUGUCGGUUUGUGUUUAAAGCAUGUCACUCGGGUUAGGUGACAAACAGAGGCACACUAAUUGUGUGUGUGUGUGUGUGUAUAGUCAGGCAGUUCUCUGAGACUCUCCUGCAGAUCAAGCGAGCGUCUUGUAUGACACAAUGGUGUAUGGACAGAUCCUUCACGGAUGCGCCCCAGAUGAUUGCUUCAUGGUGGUCAACGUCGGAGGUUUCCGGCAGAGGCUGGAGCACGGUGUUCUCCAACGUUUCCCUCACACCCGCCUAGCACGUCUCCUUUGCUGUAGCUCCCCAGAAGCCAUCCUGGAGCUCUGCGAUGACUUUGUUCCCACAGAAAUGGAGUAUUAUUUUGACCGCAAUCCAAUUUUCUUCUGUAAUGUCCUUAAUUUCUACCUGACGGGCAAAAUGCACCUGGUAGACGGUUUGUGCGUGCUGUCUUUCCGCCAAGAGAUCGAGUAUUGGGGCAUCAAGGAUGGCCAUCUGGACUCGUGCUGUUGCGAAAAAUUCCAAGAACUUCUGGAUCAGACUGAGGAUCUACGCUGGGAUCAGGAGAGCGUUGACCUUCGCAGCACCGGCUCACGCGCUGAAGUGAUUUCUGAAGUUGAUUUGUUCGACGGCACCUGGUGCGCGGACGUUCGUCGCAACGUUUGGCUCCGACUCGAGAAUCCGACGUAUUCGGCUUCGGCCAAAGCGAUUGCCGUCGCAUCUUUGACUGUGGUUUUGAUCUCCAUAGUGGCCAUGUGUGUCCACAGCAUUCCAGACUUCCGCCAGGUGGACCAAAACGAUAGAGAGGUUGAUCAUCCGGGCCCGGCGUUCUUCGAGAACCUUUGCGUCCUCUUCUUUUCAGCAGAGUUUCUCCUCCGUCUGGCGGUGGCACCAUCGGCCAGGAAGUUCUUGCGCAGCCCUCUCAACCUUAUCGACUUGAUGUCCAUCACGCCUUUCUACGUGACCUUGGCUUGGGAUUUAGGCCCGGUGGCCGAAGAUGACAACUCGGAGUUGGAGAACGUGGGCAAAGUGAUGCAGAUCUUGAAACUCACGCGACUGUUCCGCAUCCUCAAACUGGCCCGCCACUCGGCCGGCCUGCGCUCUCUCGGCGCCACGCUGCGACACAGCGGCCGUGAGGUGGGACUCCUGGGGCUUUUCUUGUUUGUAGGAAUCUCCACCUUCUCCGCCCUCAUGUACUCUGUGGAGAAGGAGGCUGAGGAGUCGGAGCUGCAGACUAUCCCCAUUGGCUGGUGGUGGGCCACCAUUAGCAUGACAACGGUGGGCUACGGGGACACUGUUCCUGUUACUCUUGCAGGGAAGCUCAUAGGAACUCUGUGCAUUCUCUCUGGGUUGCUUAUUGUGGCUUUGCCCAUCACCAACAUCUUCAAUAAGUUCUUGACCUUCUACCAGAAGCAAGAAGAUAGACAGCUUUUGAAAUCAACAAGCAGCGAUUGAAUGGAAGGUUUGAAACCUGUCACGACUCGCCCUUGGUCAGUCCAUUCUGUGGAGGUCAUUAGUUCUGUCCGUGUCUGUGUGCUCGCCCCUCCCUUCCUGUGUCUACUCUCAAUCUAUGUACUAAUGACAGUCACCUGCCUCUCGUUACCUGUCGCAUAUAUAAGACCCGUCUGCGUGUCACACCCCUGUUGGAUUGUUUGCGUCGGAUGUCUUCACGUCUGAUGUCUUUUUGGGUCCUUUCUUUGUCAAGUCUGUUUCAGUUUGCCAGUUCCUGUCUGUCUGUCUGUUCCCCCUCAUCUUCUCUUCCAACUACCUUUUCCCUUCAAUAAACCAAGCUGGUCCAAGCUGCAUAUGCUCCAUUCCGAUCCAUGACAGAACCUUAUGAGAAGGACACAGCAGUAUGACAAAACAAGGAUUUGAUGUGCUUGAAAUUGGGGGC